AUGAGCCUUAUCACGGUUUUUGGCGCGACUGGUAAUCAAGGGAGCUCCGUUGUCAGGUCCCUUCUCCAAAACCCAUCCUUCCGCGUCCGAGCCAUCACCCGCAAUCCCUCAUCUCCUGCAAGUCAAGCGCUAGUUGCUGCGGGAGCCGAGGUUGUUCAAGCUGAUGGUUUUAGAGCGGAAGAAAUUCGGGCUGCGUUUGAGGGGAGCUGGGGCGCCUUUGUCAACAUUAAUUCGGACGACAAGGUGUUUGCAAAUCCAGAUGGUCCAACCGAGUUUGACCUGGGCAAGACAAUUGUCGAUGCGGCGACUGAUGCCGGAGUGAAACACUUUGUCUUCAGCUCAGGGCCGCCAUGCACUGAAAUGACGGAAGGCAAGGUCCGCAUGAAAGCCAUGGACAUGAAAUAUCAGAUUGAAAAAUAUGCUCAAAAUCUCGGAAGCUUCGAGACAGUUAUCCCCAUUGGCGCCGCAUGGUUCUUUGAAAACUUCCUCGGCAAGGAGGUUGCCCCCAUCUUCGGCGGAUUUCCCCAUUUCCCUGACGACCAGGGUAUUCGAACCUUCCGUGUUCCUUACUGGGGUGGCGAAGAGCGCGUACCUUUCUUGAGUGUGGUAGAGGACUGGGGAGAUAUCGUUCAUGGCAUAUUCCUGGAUCCCAGUCGCUGGAAUGGUCAUUUUGUCCAUGGAAUCAGCACUAUAUGCAGCUUUGAUCAGUUAGUCCAAGAUUUCCAGCAAGCUACUGGACAUCCAUCUCGUUUUAUUCCAGUUCUUCCUUCGUGGGAAGCUUUCGAGACUCAUGGUAUUCAUGAGCUCCAGGAUGUGAAACUGAUGUUUGGGUUCACUCAAACUACUGGUGGCUUGUAUUUUGCUACCCCAAGCGAGACUGACACUGCGGCUCAGUUGAAGAAAGCUACAGCACAGGCAUUGGGUCGCCCAGUGGCUGAACAGAAUCUGGCAACAGCUCCAGCCUGGUUCAAGAACCACACCAUGAGCUUUGAAUAA